UCAAAGUCCGUAAAGCAGGAAAUCAUAGGACGCGUAAAUACCGCGAAUGCCAAGGAGAGGUUCGGAGUUGUAUAAAGAAGAAGGAAUCCUCAAACUUGUAAGCCUGCAUUUUCACUAGGGUUUCUAUAUUUUUUUCCCCCUUUUAUAUUAGAUCUCGAUCAUAUCAAUGGCUCAACUCACCCGAUCAACCGGCAAAGUCACCUGGUUCGAUAACAUCAGGGGCUAUGGUUUCAUCAAGCCUGAUGAUGGGGGUGCAGAUCUCUUUGUCCAUCACAAAUCCAUCAAAUCCGACGGUUACCGUACUCUCCGCGACAACCAGCCCGUUGAAUUCGAUGUUCAGCUUGAACCCGACGGUAAGUACCAAGCCCUUGACGUCACUGCUCUGGGUAGGGGAGCAGUUCGCUCUCCUAGGAAAGACAAUGGGUACAGCCGCGGCGGACGUGGUGGUGGAUUUGGCGGAAGCUGGAAAGGUUCCAACGAUAACAGGAGAAAUAAUGUGUACGCGUCUGGUGGUGGUGGGGUGGUCUGUUAUAACUGCGAUGGUGUAGGACACUUGGCGAGGGAGUGUACUAGUAACAAAAGAAGCGGUAACUAUACUGGCGGUGGUUGCUAUAACUGUGGUGAUCCCGAGCAUUUUGCCAGAGAUUGUCCACUUCCACUUAAUAAUGGUGGUGGUGGUGGUGGAAGUGGAAGUGGGUGUUUCAAGUGUGGUGAUUAUGGGCACUUAGCGAGGGAUUGUAUAAACAGGGGAAGCAGCGGUGGCAGUGGCCGUUGCUAUAACUGUGGAAAGUCAGGGCACUUGGCCAGGGACUGUACUGGGGGAAGCGGUCGCCGCGGAGCUGGUGGUGGUGGUGGUGGUGGUGGUGGUGGUACGUGCUUUAACUGCGGGAAUCCAGGGCACUUUGCCAGGGAAUGCACAAAGGUGGAGAUUGAGUAUAUAUAGGAAGAGGUGAUUGGAUCCACCGGUUACGUGAAGAAAAAAUCUUCCAGUUUUGAUACAAAUGGCAUCUGGUUCGGAUAUGUUUUAUAUUGAUAAUUUUCUAAUUAGGCAGUUGCUAUCUUUAAUGGUGAAUCUGUGUUUUGGUUA